CCAACAUUAUCAAUUUUGUUUGGCGUUUCCAGAUACAAUAACGCUUGCUUCAAGUAAAGGCAGAUAGGACUGGACAAAUGGACGAAUUGAGGCUCAAAGUGAUGGUGUGGAGUGGAAUCUACAAGUUACAUACUAAAAAUCGCUUUCUGGGUAUAUGCCACGAUGUGUACAGAGUUAUAAUGAUAUUGUACAUAUCGAUAUACACUCUCCAACAUUUAAUUUUCUUUUGUAUGAAUGUUAUACGUGGGGACGCAAUUGAAUGGCAAGUGGCCGUAUUCUCUCUAACAAUGUUAAAUAUGGUUAUAAAAGUAAUAACGAUUUACACGCACACUGAGAACAUAGAUGAAAUACAUGAUUUAAUUAAAGAUCCCAUGUUUGCUGCAACAUGUAAAGAAGAUAAAGAUGUUAUUAAGAAAAAUGAAUAUCACAUUGGUUUGUUUAUAAGAAUCACUUACGUAGGACUGUUGGUAUGUAUGAUUUUGUGGGUGGCUUCAAUUAUUUUCAAUAGAGUUGUGGAUGACACUGCUAUACCCCCAUCGUAUUUUCCGUUUGCUACUAAUCCGUGGCCGCAAUACAUAUUCGCUACAUUUAUGGAAACUGUGGGAUCCAUCCUCUGGGUUGGAUUCGGGCACUUCAGUAUAGACUGCAGUGUAGGGAGCUACUACGGCCGCGCUGCAGCUCAGCUGAGAAUUAUAAGAUAUCACUUGGAGCAUUUGUUUGACAACGGCGGAGCUCAGGGCCGUUUCCAAUAUAAAGAUGUUCUAGACAAAAGCUUAGACGAGAAAUUUGUUUACUAUGUUCGGCGCUAUCAGAAUGUUGAUCGGUUGAUUGGUAGCGUAAGUGAUGCUUUCAACUGGGGUAUAGCAUUCCAUUUCGCCACCGUGACAACCUGUAUCAGCUUGUGUGUUUACAGAAUGAGCAGUAAAGACUUCUUCUCGUUAGAUGUCUUCUUUAUGUUUGCAACAUUCUGUCUUUAUCAAAUGCAAAAUUAUAUGUACUGUUACUGCGGAGACUUAGUCAAAAACGAGAGCGAUCAGGUGUGCACGUCAAUGUACUUCAGUGAUUGGCUAGCGGUGUCGCCGCGGUUCCGGCGCAAGAUUCUGAUAGCAAUGACUCGCUGGGCGCGUCCGAUCGAGCCUCGUGUGACCAUUGUACCCAUCUCGCUUACUACAUUCGCAUCGAUUCUACGUUUCUCAUACACAUUGUACACCAUGAUGAAAACUAGAACGAUGUAGAUAUUGAGAUUCUUAAUUAGUAUUUGCACUAUUAAUUUUCCUGAUCUAUGUAAUGUAAUCCAUGUUUUACAAUUACCAUGCACUUUAGGGGCCCUUAACGUUUGUACGUUAGUCCUCGGAUUUCUCAAAAAUUUCACCUGGCUUGUCUGUUACAUUAGAAUAGUUAAGAUUUUAUACAAUGAAAGUACCUAAAGCCCGGUCUGCGAGCACGUAGGCAAAUUCAAAUUCAAAUUCAAAUUCAAAUUGUUUAUUUGCCUACUAAGUGUACAUUAAAGGUCUUAUCACUAAUACAU